CUUUUCUCUCAGUCGAACCUUCUGCCAGCUCGUUCCACCUGUAUCAGUUCCCCAACAUGGCCCGCUGGUGGAGCGAGUUCUUGAUCCUGUUGCUGUUCCUCAGGCCUCUCCUGGCCCUGGCCGGUGGCGAUGACGAAGGGGGCAACAGCACUGAGGGAAAUAAGCUGGAGGUUCAUCAGAGAUAUUUGUUGGUGUGGAACGCGCCCACCUCUGGACCUCGGAGUUCGCUGGUCGAGCUGGAGGAGGACAUUGAGUCCGUGGAGUGUACCAGCGAUGCUAAUUGUACAGCUGCUCUCUGUGGGCUGGACAUCGCUCUGAGUUACGACACUUCCUUACCUUCAAGGCCUUACUGUAAUUACUCUCCGGAAGAUAAGGAGCCACACCACCACCACCACCAUGGUGCGGGCCACUGCACCUGCGGCCCGGGCAAAUGCGUGUCAUAUAGUCGUGAUUUCUACAGUAACGGAGAACCAUUUUACUACUGCGGACCUUGCGGAUGGGUGGGAGCCCAGUGCUACAACACCACUUGCACUCACCCACUGGCUGAGUGCAAGGGAGGCUACUGUGAGUGUGUCAACAAUGGCAUCUUCUACGACCUCACCUUCUGUUACAUUCCCUUCUACGGGAAGCAGCUGGCGGUAGGGAUGCUGGUGACAACCUUUGUUAUUGUGCUCAUCUGUUGCGUCCUCGGCUACAGCUACCACAGGAUAAGCAACCGACGACAACGAAGGCUGCCUGAGAGCUGGUUCAGGAGGAGUGUGAGACGUCAGCCUCCGGCCAACGACACUCCUCCGACAUACGACGAUGUUGUUGACAAACUUCCCUCCUAUCAAGACGCCCUCCAGAUGAACACCAAGGAAAGCAGCGAUGUUGGACUCGUCAAUGUUGCUUUUGAGGCUGAGCUCUUCACGUCUCUCCCUUCCAAUGAAGAGAAAGUUUCAGCGGCGUUAUCCACCCCUACAUCCACCCCUUCAUCUACCUCUACAUCCACCCCGUCAUCUACCUCUACAUCUACCAAGUCACCAACCUCUACAUCGACUGCAAAAGUUCCAAGCGUUUCCACAACCAAAACCGUGCCCGUAUCUUCUACAACAACGCUGAUAUCCACAUCGAAACUCAUAUCCACGUCUAUAUCCACAUCUGAACCCACAUCCACCUGUACACCCUCGGCUACUUCUGAACCCACAUCCACCUGUACACCCUCGGCUACUUCUGAACCCACAUCCACAUCAACCAAUCACCAAAAAGUAAACAGAGAAUAGAGGCUACUGGUUGGGUGUAAGUGAACCUUGCACCCUACAUGGUACAACAUGGUACAUGGUAGCAUAGUUUGAGGGUUAUUUCAAGGUAUAAUGCAAUAAAAUAUGCGUUCAAUAUAACAACCAUGAUAUAAGAUGAUAGCAAUGAUUACAAUGAUAAAGGUGUAUGGCUUGGGUACAUAUAU